ACAAGUUUCCCCUACUGCGGCCGGUACAUAGUGUCAAAUACCACAAAUCCUAUACCCUUAGUAACCAACACGGAUCAGAAAACCCCCAUAUGCCCCUUCCCUCCAUACAUCCUCUUCCUCCAAACCCCACAACGGGCCACCAGCCACUCGCAAGCCUGGGUGGAACAAGGUCAACUAUACACCCGCCACCCGCGAGUACAUCCAGCGCUGGUGUCAGCAGAGAAACGCUUAAAAGUCUUCAAGAUGUCUACUGGAGUGAUGACGAGGAUGACCCCGAUUGUUUGCUUUGUGCAGAACCCCUCGAUUUGUCAGAUCUUAACUUCAAGCCUUGUCAGUGCGGUUUACAGAUCUGUCAGUUUUGUUACAACAAGCUGCUUUCCACCGAUGCUCGAUGUCCAGGCUGUCGUCGGACAUAUGAUACAAAGGCUGUCGUUUUUCAACCUGUUGACUGGGAAGAGGUAAAAAAGGCAAAGGAGAAAAAGGCAAAAAAGGCAAAAACGAUCAAGCAGUUGACUGGUAUUGGUCGUCGGCAUCUCCUUGGGGUUAGAAUUGUCAUGAAAAACAUGGUAUAUGUUGUAGGCAUGAAACUUCCUGCUAUAGGCGACGAGGCUUUAUCCGUGCUUCGGUCCAACGAUUACUUCGGUCAAUACGGCAAAAUCUCUAAGCUAUACCUUGCAGACACGAAAUCAUCAACCUCCGUUCCGUCUCUUGGGUCUGAUAAUUCUGAUUCAACUGGCAUAUAUAUUGUGUAUAUCCGACGAGAAGAUGCCGCUCGGUGUAUCACUUCCCUGGAUGGGAUUCCUGCUCCGCAAGGCCCUCCUGGUGCCGUUUUGAAGGCGUCAUACGGGACUGCGAGGUAUUGCGAGACAUUUUUGAAGGGUGCAAAAUGUGAUAACUCGAACUGUCAUGGUCUGCACGAAUGGGGAGGCGAAAGCGACACUUUCACAAAAGAAGACAUGGAAAUUGCCUUGACGCGGCCGUCGGAAUACGAUGCAAGACAAAAGCAGCAAAGUCAGGCUCAACCACAACAGACAAUUCCCUCUCUGUCAUCCAAAAUCGCUUGGCCCAAACCUUCAGGCGAGGACGGUCACUCAGUUUCCUCGGCAACCGGCCUUCCAAGCGCUGCCAGUUGGGGAAAAGGCAUCGGUGCAAAGAUAUCUGGUCGCGGUUCCGCUGGCGCCAUUGCCCGACCAACUAAAGCUAACGGCCUUUUCCCUCUCAGUAAAAACAAUGCCUCGUUCCCUCUCCCUACGCCUUCACCUACAGUCCCAAUCAUCAUUAAAGAGAAGAAGGAGAAGAAGUCUGCUACAAUGGCCAGAGCUCGGAGUACCGAUUCAACCCAGAGCACUACUCCGAGUAGUAAUCAGACAUCGCCCAAGAGAAAGGCCAAUGCUUUGCCAAAUUUAGCGACUACAAAGUCAACUACUUCAUCUGCUCCUGUGCCUCCUUUAUCGCGAAAUAUCGUACCCUCAGCAUCUGCCUCAGUCCCCGUCCUCGCCCCUUCAUCUCCCGCUCCUGCUCCCGAAACGGAGCCUGUCUCGGAAGGCACGGACGGGUCUGCCGACGAACAUUUGUCGGCUGAGUCUGAUGCUGGCCCUUCGUCCGAAUCCCCGGCCCCACAGACGCCCGCUCAUAUCAUUGAAAACAUCCCUCCACCUCCUGUAUCCUCAGAGCCCAUCAUCAUUCACUCUCCUUAUCCUGAACCUGUCAUAUUCCCUUUCCCCGCGGACGACAAAGACUUCGCGUUCGUGCUUGGUUUGGACGAUAGGGAGCUACAGAGAAUGCAAGCACAAGCGGAAGGAUACGAGCCUAGCCCAUUCAGCAAGACUCUCGAAGGAUUGGCUGAGCUAGGUGUCCAUGCGCCCGAGAUUCCUGAUUUAUUCGUUGCACCAACGUCUCCGCCAGUUGACCAUUACUCUGGACUGUUCAGGCCUUUCGAGGCUGACGAACCUUCCCCGGCAAUGUCGAACGAUACGCCCGGACCUUCACGCAUUUCUGAAGAUGACCACAAUGCUCAACGCACUGAAUCUCGGUUUGGUUUCGCUCGAGGAUCAGUCAACGUCUCUGCCCAAAGUCCUUUCAGCAACGGGCGACGUAGCGUAGCAGAUCUAAAUUUCCGGGAUGGGUGGUAUCGCAACAACGACGCGUCUUUGUCCUCUCAUGCUCAACAUGAUGCUAACAACGGAGCGUUCGCUGCUCAGAUGAACAACAAUUUUUCGAGCAGUUAUGAUUCGACCGCUGGAGUAACAGAGAAUGGAUGGAAUGGCGAAUCAGUCUACAGUGCCUCGCCCUCCCUGCAGAGGCAAAAUGUGGCGACAGUCGGAUUGCAUGGAUAUGAAGUAAGACCGAGCGGAAGGCUGGAGCAGACGCUGUUGCAAGGUCAAUAUAUGCAAAAGGGAAUAAGAGAUCGAGAAGAAUACGACAAUACCCUUUUAACAAUGCUUCAAUAUGGCAAUCCCCCACAAUUGUUUUCAUCCCAACACCACCAGCAGCAACAGCAGCAGCAGCGUGUCAUCUUCUCUCCUGAUUCAACAUCUCAUGCUUUACAGGAGGAUGGACCUUUUCAAUCUCCGAUGGCUUUCAGCCAAUUGCAGCAGGCUCAACAAACACCAUUGCAGCAUCAUCCGGAUGCAAGACAGCUGAUGCAAAUGCACCAAAGGAGAGGUCAAUCACCAGCGCCCAUGGCUGCUCAUGGCUACCGUCGAUUCUAAUCUACUAAAUUCUCAUUGUCGAACCCCAUCACAUUAUUCAAUCUCUUCAACGCCUUCACAUUCACGCUUCUAUUCCCGCCAAUACCAAAUUUCCAUCACAUCAGUCUUUUGACUUUGUUUUAAUGCAUGCCACAGUUGGUCACUUGAACUCGUUUGUAAACUUCGUUGCCCUAUACGCGGCUCAUGAGAAGAUGAUAACGCUGCGACUGGAGAG